CCCCGCAUGUGUGUGUGUUUGUGUUCCCGGAGCCACAAAUACGAGUGCUUUACUUAUUCGCGCCUCAAUCGCCAUCGGGUGCGCCCAUCGUGCGGACCUAAUCGAAAUCGAAAACCCGUGCGGCAGUGAUGAGCCAUUCGAAAAGUGAAUUUUGUUUAAUAACAAACAACAAUCAAAUGAUCAACUAAAAUCUCACUUGAUUUUAAUUCAUUUGGGAAUUCAGUGAUUUUAUUCGUAGUGAAAACAGUGUUUAAGGAUUCCAAUCACUCAUUCGAGGAUUAGUGUGAUUGCGAAUCGGUCCUUGAGAUGAUUCUUUCGCCGGACAGCACAGUGCAUCCACAGUCACAUCCAAGAGCGAUGGCGUUAUCAGAGAAUCACUAUAGUGAUAUCACGUCGUCGACGCAAAUCCGCGAACCUACUCUUAAUUUAGAAUUUGAUGGUACCACAGUCCUUUGUCGCGUGUGCGGUGACAAAGCAUCCGGUUUCCAUUAUGGCGUGCAUUCCUGCGAGGGCUGCAAAGGCUUCUUUCGACGCAGCAUCCAGCAGAAGAUACAAUAUCGUCCCUGCACCAAGAAUCAGCAGUGCGCCAUCCUGCGCAUCAAUCGCAACCGGUGUCAGUACUGCAGGCUCAAGAAGUGCAUCGCUGUGGGGAUGUCCCGAGACGCGGUGAGAUUUGGCCGUGUACCAAAAAGAGAAAAGGCCCGAAUUCUGGCCGCCAUGCAGCAAAGCUCUAACUCUCGAUCUCUGGAGAAGGCAAUCGCCGCCGAAUUGGAGGAUGACCAACGUUUGCUCUCCACCGUCAUCAGGGCGCACAUUGACACGUGCGACUUUACGCGCGACAAAGUGGAACCCAUGCAGGCUCGCGCCCGUGAACAACCCUCCUAUACAGCGUGCCCGCCAACUUUGGCGUGUCCGCUAAACCCUAACCCGCAACCACUCACCGGGCAGCAAGAACUCCUCCAGGACUUCUCCAAGCGCUUCUCGCCCGCUAUCCGCGGCGUCGUUGAAUUCGCGAAGCGUAUCCCUGGAUUCUCUCUUCUCGCCCAGGACGACCAAGUAACCCUCCUGAAAGCUGGUGUCUUCGAGGUAUUACUAGUGCGCUUGGCUUGCAUGUUUGACGCGCAGACAGCAUCGAUGAUCUGCCUCAAUGGUCAAGUUUUGAAACGCGACGCCAUCCACAACAGCUCAAACGCAAGGUUCCUGAUGGAUUCAAUGUUUGAUUUCGCCGAGCGCAUGAAUGCGCUGCGUUUGUCCGACGCGGAGAUUGGUUUGUUUUGUUCGGUUGUUGUGAUCGCGGCGGACAGACCCGGACUACGCAACACUGAAAUGAUUGAGAAGAUGCAGAACAAGCUCAAGCACGCGCUGCAGACGGUCAUCUGCCAGAACCAUCCGGGCCAGGCUGAUAUUUUGCAUGAGUUGAUGAAGAAGGUUCCUGAUUUAAGGACGUUGAACACUUUGCAUUCUGAGAAACUGUUGGCGUUCAAGAUGACUGAACAACAACAGAUCAUGCAGCAACAGCAGAAUGCUUGGAGCCUACCUAAGGAGGAAGAGGAUAGCAAAAGUCCUGCUGCGUCUUCGUGGUCUUCAUCGUCUGAUGUUACCAUGGAUGAGGCUAAGAGCCCCCUGGGGUCUGUUUCGAGUACGGAAUCGAUGUGUUCCGGGGAAAUGAACACGAUGGAUUAUCACCACCAGGGUCUGCACAACGUGAGUCCCAAUGUAAGCAGUGCCCCAUUACUGGCGGCGACACUGCAGGGUGGUAUCUGUCCGCAUAGGCAUCGCGCUAAUUCCGGAUCUACAUCUUCGGGUGAUGAUGAACUGGCGGCGACGUCUCAUUUGAUUCACAACGGUCUCACUAUCACACCAGUCUCAAGACCGCCCAACUCGCACCCGCGGUUCAGGAAACUCGACUCGCCUAGUGAUUCCGGUAUUGAAUCUGGUACCGAGAAGAUUGAUAAGCCGUCGGCGCCAACGUCGCUGUGCUCAUCGCCGAGGUCCUCUGUUGAAGACCAGCAUAUCGUGGAAGACAUGCCUGUUCUUAAGCGCGUGCUCCAAGCCCCUCCUCUUUAUGAUACCAACAGUUUAAUGGACGAGGCGUACAAACCGCACAAGAAGUUCCGCGCCCUGAGGAAUAAGGAUUCGGCCGAAGCAGAACCCAUGGUCGUAUUGUCUCCGCAGCCGCAGGUGGUUGUUGUGCAACCACCACAGCCGCAACGUGAGCACGUGCAGUCACAAUUGCACAUGCAGCUUACCGCGCCGCCGCAGUCGUCGCUCUCCAGCACGCACUCAACCCUCGCCAAGUCCCUCAUGGAGGGUCCACGCAUGACCGCCGAGCAGAUGAAGCGCACCGAUAUUAUUCACAAUUACAUCAUGCGCGGUGGUGAAGCAUCGCCGCAUCAUUCGGCCGCUCCUACCGCUUCUACCUGCCCGUAUCGCGCGUCAGGCAGUCUGCUGCAACCGGCGUGGGCGACCAGCGUCAUUACGACCACGUCGCGCCAACAGCAGCAUCACCACAACCACCCUAUGCACCAUUCCACCGCCACGCCGCCUCCAGCGACGGCGGCAGCGGACUUCUCGCGGAUAUACUUGCAAUCCCCGCAUUCAACAUCGCCGGCGCGUUCGCCAGCCACCUCACCAAUGGUGACCAGCCCCGCACCCAAACUGAUGGAGUUGCAGGUGGAUAUUGCCGACUCGCAGCAGCCGCUCAACCUGUCGAAGAAAUCACCGUCCCCGUCACCGCGUCCUCUGAAAGUGGUCACGCUAGAAGUGUAAACAAGAAACUAAGAGACAUUUUAUUACGUGGGGCGAAGUAUGAGAGUACAAAAUUUUGGGACACGGACAUUAAUGCCACGUGUGCUGUGUGUGUGUAUAAAGUGUGCGGACAACUAAAUUUGAUGAAAUCGUAUUACAAACCAAAUAAUUUAUUACUUGUAUAUUACCUUGCUAUACUACUACUGUAUAUGUCAUGUGAAAAACAGCGUGCGGAUGCGGACGGACGUGUGAUGACAGCCCCGGAACCCUCUCAAUGGAGGCUGGAGGGCGAUAGUGCGUGAAUGUGCAAAGAAUAUUAUUGUUAGGAUGUAGUUUGGCUGUUUUUUUUUUCUCUCGUGCAUAUUACACAUAAAAAAUCAAGAUAAACAGAUUGUAAAGUUACUUCCGCCAUUACCACGAACGCAGCGACGUCGACAAGGGCGUGGCUUGAUGUGAAAGGGCUGGCACAAGACGUGCGCGUGUGCAGAUACAUGUACAUAGCGGACCAACCCCAGCUGCGCACGCGCGCGUUACUUUGCCACGUUUCUUAAGCUACGCCCUGUCAACGCCCGCCAAGAAUCCUAACCUAUUAUCGUAGCUGUAUAAGUUCUACAUAAAUAUGAUAUGAAACAAAAUGAACAAUCACUAAUUUAACGAGUGGCUAUUUCCUUAAAACAAAAAGUUAAUGUCAUUAUCAGUCGAGAUGAGAAUCAGCACCAAUCCUAUACAUAUAUAACCUGGCAAAAUUUAAGAGUAAUUACUAUUCUAAUGAUAAAAUUAAUUGAUGAUGAUGGGAGUUUAAGCAAAAAAACUAUGCAUAAUUAUAUGUGAUAAAAGAUUUCGUUCGUUUCUUAGGAGACAAUUUUUCUCUCGUUAAUUUUUUUGUUUUGUGUUAAUAUAUUAUUAUAUUAUCAACGUCGUAUCUCAGUUUGUAUAAAGAAAGAAACAGAGGAGAAUCAUUCAUUAAAGUAAUUCAUUAAUCAUGUGCAUCACCUCAUCAUCGAACACACUGUAUGUGCGCGGGGGGCGGGCGCAGCGAGCAUUGUACAUACUAGAGAAGGCUCGCCGCCAUCUUGAGAUUUUAUGUAACUGACUUGUAAAUGAUGUCAAUGUCCAUUUUCUGAUCUAAACAAACACAAAGAACACAAAGUUAAAACAGACAAACCGGCCUGAGGUCUUCUGAAAAAACAAUAAAUUGCAAAUUGAAACCUAAAUGAAUAUGUAACAAAAGCCGUCUUCAAAACGAAACAUAUUGUAUAUUGUACUUACAUGUUUGUUUGUGUAAUAUACGUCGUAGGCUCCGCCCAUCCGUGGCGUCAGCUGCGGGGCGGAGCAGAGAAAUCAUAUUUAGUGACAAUUAUGACGAGAUGGUGAUUGUUGAGACGUCGCCACUCAUAUGUGGUGCACGUACGAAGGCCUUGACGAAACACUAGAUCGAUUUUUCGAACGUGAACAUGUGUAAUUAAAAAAAAAUUGAAAUCUAUAAGAAAAGUGCAUAAUAUAAACGAUAUCUAAAUAUUUAAAUAAUUUAAAACAAAGACAAAGACAGCGAGAUGUGGUUGUAUUGAUGAGGGAGGAAGAGAGAGAUUAUUUUAGCAAAUUGAGAGCUCCGCCCCCCAAUUGGGCGGGGCUUUGUAUGAGAGAUUUAGAAAAAACCGAAAGAUGGAGCAUACACACACCUGUCUCUUGUGCAUAUUGUUGUGUAUACACUGUGUAAUAAUCAUGUAAUUUUAUAAUGUUGGACAUUGUUCAGGUCUGUCACAAUAAACCUGUCUGGUGAUAUAAA